AUGGCAACCGAUGGCGGCGCGACAGACGAUGCGCCUCUCUUCUUCUCAGAUGAGGUUGCAGACAGUGCGGAUAUCAUACCCAAGAAGCGUUUAGAGCCUCUGCCGGAUACGGAUGCUGGUGAAUGGAAGCGACGAUAUAUGGGCACGUUUGUCUUAUGUGGCUAUUCGAUGACGAAAGGAGACGGCCAUGCGCAUGCUGGCGACUCUGUCCUGAUCCAGCGCAAGGCUAAGAACAAGACAGGAAAGCCCAGCCGCUUUCGCGAGCAUGCUGACUAUGUGGUACGCUUCAGCACGACGCGCGGCUUUGAGCUGGGUCGUAUUCCUGUGGAUGUGGCAAGCUGGAUGGCCCGGCUUCUUGAUGAUCAACUCGUUGAUUUCGAGGCAAGCAUCGUCGACUGUCCGCUCAACCUCGAAGUGGGCAGUGACAUUCUUCUUCAAGUCAAGGCUUACAUGCAUCGCACGGCUUUUUCCUCGAGCGUCUCGAGACAAUGUCACAUCGAUACAUCGAGCUCCUCGAGUAUGACCGAGUCACGCGAAAGCGAGCAGGAGCGCCUCCUUCGGCACAGGAAGGUGGCUCUGCAGCGCAUGUUUCGUGCUUGUCACUUGACCCCGAGGCGCCGCGGCAGCGGUGCUAACAAUGCAUCUUCCUAUCUUCCCCCGCGUACGCCCGCAAAGCAGAGUGACGAACCUGACGACGGAACAGAAAUCUCGUCCGACUACCUUCGCGAUAUUUAUGCGCGCGCGCGGGAGAAUCCUAUGUCCUUACCCGAGGUAAAUCCUCCUCCUACCUUUGCCCUCGAAUUGCGCCCAUACCAGAAGCAAGCGCUUGGCUGGAUGCAGGGAAUGGAAGAAGCGCAACCAUCCUCAGCGCAAACGACAGAACUGCAUCCACUCUGGGAAGAGUAUGCAUUUCCGCUCACUGACGAUGUGGACUGUGGCGUUGGCACCUUUUAUCUAAAUCCAUAUAUUGGUGACCUGAGCCUAGAGUUUCAGCCUGCGAGUCGAGGAGCUCGUGGGGGUAUUUUGGCCGAUGAAAUGGGUCUGGGAAAGACCGUCAUGCUCGCAAGUCUAAUCCAUGCAAAUCGGUGCAUGGAUGCGCCACAGAUGCAGCCUAGAUCUAGCCAGCGAUCUGGUCCACUUCGUCAGGCAUCACUGCGCUUCGGCAAAAUGCCACGCAUCCAACGCACGCAAGCGACGCUGGUCGUGGCUCCCAUGAGCUUGCUCAGUCAAUGGCGCACGGAGCUCGAGCGUGCGAGCCUGCCCGGCACGCUUUCUGUUGAUUUGUACUACGGUGACGUUCGUGAGCAGCUCGCGCACAAGCUCUCGCAUGGCAACACGGAUGUGAUCAUUACAUCGUAUGGUACCUUGACGGCAGAAUACAAGCAGCACGAAAAGCGCGGAUCCUCUGUGUUAUUUUCAGGCACGUGGCAUCGUGUGAUCCUGGACGAAGCGCACACCAUCAAGAACCGGAGCACGAUCGCCGCACGAGCCGCGUGUCGGCUUCAAGCAGAUCGGAGAUGGGCGCUCACAGGUACACCCAUCCAGAAUCGACUCACCGAUUUGUACAGCUUACUGCGUUUCUUGCGAGUGGAGCCGUGGGGCGAUGUGCGUUUCUUCAACAGCUUUCUGGCCAAACCUUUUGCGAGUCAGAAUGCCAAAGUUUUAGACAUUGUGCAGGCCAUUCUCGCGAGCAUCUUGCUUCGCCGCGAAAAGCAUACACCUGGUCCCGAUGGUCGUCCGAUUGUGGAAAUUCCUCCCAAGACACUCGACACGCAGUACUUGACCUUUUCGCAGACCGAGCGCGACAUAUACAUGAGCGUAUACGAUCGAGCACGUAUGCGAUACCGCGAGCUAGCAUCACAGGGUUUGAUUGGGAAGAAUGUAAGCAUGAUCUUUGCUGUACUGAUGCGAUUACGGCAAGCUGUGUGUCAUCCUUACCUCGUGAUGCCCAAGCAGGCCGAGACCGCUCCCGAGGAGCGCUCGUAUGAAGAUCAGUUGCGGGAUCUGGUGAAGCGGUAUGAGGCUGAGGGACAGAGCGGUGAUAAGUAUGCGCUCAGCGUUCUCGAUACUUUGCUCACUUCAGACGCGAACGAAGACGAUGGGGAAGAAUGCCCAUUUUGCAUGGAGCUCAAGCCAUCCAAGUGUUUUUUGCCGCGGUGUAUGCACCAUGGAUGCCGCGAAUGCCUCGUGCAGUAUUUACAGGCAUGUGAAGACCGCGGCGACGAGCCGCACUGUCCCGUGUGUCGGCGUGGACCCGUGCAGGCUGAGGAUCUUGUGGAAAGCAUCAGGCCAAAAACAGAAGCACCUGCGCCAAGUGCGAUACCCGUGCGCGGCAGCACGAAACUUGAUGCUCUUAUGCGUCAGCUUCAUGUGCUUACGCAGCAGAGCGACUGCAAAGGGGUCAUCUUUUCUCAAUUCACGGGCUUCCUCCAUCUCAUCCAGUCUCACAUGGCGCAGCGUGGGUAUGCAUUCGUCCGCCUCGAUGGACGCACAUCUCAAAAGGAUCGCGAGCAGGUUCUGCAUACAUUCGCGAACGAACCAGGCCCACUAUUUUUGCUCAUGUCGCUCCGUGCCGGUGGCGUCGGACUGAACUUGACGGCGGCGAACCAUGUGUGGCUCAUGGACUGCUGGUGGAAUAGCAGCAUCGAGGACCAGGCCAUUGACCGCAUUCACCGCCUCGGGCAGACACGCCCUGUCACGGUGCACCGUCUCCUCUUGGAGCAUACGAUUGAGGAUCGCAUCCUCGAAAUACAGCGACGAAAGAAGCAACUCGUGGACCAUGCCUUGUCUGUUAAGCCGUACGAUGCAUCGUCAGAUACCCUGGAGAAUCUCCGUAUGCUGUUUGAUUAG